AUGAAAGAGGAGGCACCGGAAGGCGCUGGCAACCUCGACACUGAACGUGAUGCCGAGCUAGCCCUCUCCCUCCACCGCAACCUGAACUGGGCGGGGCGGGAGCGAUCGCGGCAUUCCCUGGCCCGAGAAGAGUCGCGACGCCUCGCCUCCGCCGUGAAGAAUGACUCCCGGAAGAGGGUGAGGGCCCGCUCGUCCUCCAGUUCGGACGGUGGCAGUGGGGCCGAGGACCGAGGCACGCCCCGCAAGGUGCAGCCCAAGUCCCCCACCAGUCCGCGAUCGGGGAGUGGCAGUCGGAGGGUGCAGACCGUCACACGGCCCCUCCCGCGGUCCACACUCACGGCUGCGGUGGCCCAGGUUGGCGCCAAGACCAGUCAGGCGGGGUUCAAGCCGGGCUCCCGCCCCCAGGUCAAGUGCUUCGUGGCCGGCUCCAGGUGGGGCAGGUUGGUGCCGAGGGACGCGCUGUCCUCCCCCUCCAAGCUCAUCCAGCGCCUGCGCAGCGGCGGGGCCGGCCCCGGCGAGGCCAAGGCGAGCACGGUGCUCUUGGUCGCCGGCGGCACCCAGACCGUGGAGUUCAAGGCUGGAGGGGAGGGAGGAGCGGCGCGGGACGCACGCUGGGCGGCCGCCGUGCGGAAGGCUUCCAGGGUAUACAUCAGGAGCGACGCGAUUGCGUCCUGA